AGCGAGUGACGUCACAUUAGAACAUCAGGAAUUUUGCUACUGCGCCAUGCACAUAGAUAACAAUCACCGCAAACAAUGUCAAAUAAACGACACACCACGUGGUUAAAAAAUCGUUAACGUAACUGAAUGUUCUCUAUUCAACCCAACAAGAGACUAAGUCGGAUGAAACAUGUGGAGCAAGUCAGUGAUCAGAGGAUACAUUUGUUUAGUUGGGAGAAGUGCGGGGUUGAAGGAAUAUUUGAGCCCCUGUGCGGUGCGUCCAUGCAGUUCUCAGGCCCUGCCCUCAGGCAUAAUAAAUGCGCGGCAAGCAGUAGAUAUUUGGAGGAAACGUUUUGAGUUGAACAGUGUGACUGAACCCGACCUCUCCAGCCAGUACAUCAUCGCCCAUGUGCUCGGGGCUAAAACUAUAGAAGGUGUCAAGCAGGUGAAGAUGUCUGAAUUUCUCACACAAGAGGAAACGCAGCGAAUAUGGAAGCUCUGCAAAAAACGCCUCGCCAGGAUGCCUGUGCAAUAUGUGAUCGAGGAGUGGGACUUCAGAGACGUGACGCUGAAGAUGAAGCCUCCCGUGUUCAUCCCACGACCUGAAACUGAGGAAUUGGUAGAAUUGGUCCUAACUGAUCUGCAGAGGAAGACCGGCUCACCUCUAUGUUUGGAGGUGGGAUGUGGCUCUGGUGCCAUUUCUCUGAGCCUGCUGAAGCAUCUACCUCAGCUUAGAGCCAUUGCACUGGACCAAAGUGUGGAGGCUGUAGAGUUGACAAGAGAAAAUGCAUUAAGGUUAGGACUUCAAGACAGACUCAAGGUUUAUCACGUAGAUGUCACAAAAGAUGCCGAGACGGUGUUGAAUCUGUGCAGCAAUGUCGCCGUGUUGGUCAGUAACCCUCCCUAUCUCUUCUCAGAAGAUAUGCCUUCACUGGAACCAGAAAUUUUGAGGUUUGAGGACCACGCCGCUUUGGACGGGGGAAAAGACGGCUUGAAAGUGAUCCGCGAGAUUUUAACCCUGGCUCCACAGAUUCUGUCGGAUGAUGGCUGCGUUUACUUGGAGGUGGACCCCAGACACCCUCAGCUCAUUCGGGACUGGCUGGAGGUCAACGUAGAGUGGCUUCGUUUGGCAGAGACACGUCACGACAUCACCAGCAGGCCUAGGUUUUGCAUCCUUCGUAAAGACAAGCCCAACGGCCGCAAGCCGCACUUGGGUUGAGAAAGCGAGAUCCUAUUAUGUUGGCUUUAGGCCAGGUCGCCGGAGCCCUUGCUGACCAGCUCCCCUCCCCCUCCACUCCCGAACUGGCAAACACGCGCCGGCUUUAAUCGCUCAAUAUUCUCUGGUAUUAUUUCCAGCAGGAAUCAUCCAAAUCAACCCGCUACUGCGCUUUUUAAUCUGCGUGCGUCCCAUGCCACAAAAAAUUGUGUGUGCGAUGGCACAAGAGCGGCUCAAAGCAGAAGGUAAUUACCAAGGCUUUUCUUAGAAGCCUCUCUCUCAGAAAUCGUACCCUCCUCCCUGGAAGCAUUUUGUAGUUCUGUGAAUCGCCUGAUGAAUAGUCCUCCCCUUUGCCCGUCCACUCACUGACUCAGAUGCAGGAGCGCGCGCGCACACACAUGCGAGCACAAUGUGGCCAUUACUGCCUCGUGCAAUCUCGCGCUCACUCGAAGCUCACAGGCCUCAUGGUCUCUUUUUAUUCCUGAGCUGAUCAAAUGGCUGAAAUAUUUCCCGUACGUCGCCAAGGCCAAAACAAUCCCCAUUUGGAACAACACCAAAAUUGUCAUGGUCGUCCAUGUUUGACUGAAUAUCGAAGGGGAAGGAUUGACAUGUAACAUUUCCUAGAAAUCAGUCAAGUAGUUUUAGUGUACCGGUAAUUCAUUUUAGCACAAACAAAGGACCAUCGCCUCGGGAGAAAAGCCCUCUUCACCGUGUGCGAAUAUAUAUGCGGAACAAUAUUUAAAAAUAAAAGCUUUCAUUUCAGACUGAGGAAUCUGAUAUUUAUACACGCACGACUGGUCAAUCAGACCACUUCAUAUACAGUAUAUACACUGCCAUUUAAAUGUUUGGGGAUCACAUAGAAAGGUUCUUAUUUAAAAAACAAAUCAUUUUUUGAGCACACAUCAACAAUGUCCGCAUUUUAUUGAUGAUUAAUUUAAUGUUAUCUUCAUUGGGGGGAAAAAAGCAUCAUUCUACUUCAAAUUAUAUAAGCCCGACAUUUGCAAAUGAGGUUUUGAAUUAUAGUGUAUAUACAGUUGUGCCCGUGAGUUGACAUAUAUCCGCAGAAUGUGUCAAUGAGUGAUCAAGAAAAACAUUUUUUAGGGGAGGAGAAUUCAAAUGUAAUUAGAAGGUAUUUCCAAAUAGCAUGAUCAUAUUUUCUGAAGAAUUGCCCGUAUUUCACAAAUUCUGCCAGCAAAUAUAAAUUAUGCUUUUCUUUCAAAAACAAGUGGUUUCCGGAGGACCCCAAACCUUUGAACAGUCGUGCAUAUAAUAUGCGAUUCUAAAAACAAAUGAAAACCUCAGGGGCAGUUUUCACAUUGCACCCAAAACAUUUAACCCACAAAUCGUAUAUGUAUACAGCUCUGGAAAAAAAUUGGAAACUCCUGCAACAUUAUUAUUAUUAAAAUGAACAGCCACUGAAGUGUCACUAAUAUACAAAUAAACGGAAUUGUUUGUCGUUUUCUGCCAAUGU